CCGUUUAUUUCUUUUUUUCAUUCUUUCCUUAUUCUGUAGCUAUUUACUAUUUCCUUGGAAUCUCUUUUUCUGUUCUUGUAAGAUGGUUGGUUUUUGUUAUAAUGUAUAGGAUCUUGCUGUGAAAAAUAUUUGCUGGGUUUGUUUAGUUUUCAUCAUUGCUAUCGAUUAUUAUGGUAGUUUAAGUCUGCACGCAGAGUGAGCUUGUUGUAUUUAUAUUGGGUUUUACCGUCUUUUGAUGACGAACAUGGUGUUUGACUUUGGCUGCAUGAUUUAGAUCACAUUCACACCCUAACAAUUAAAAAUCGUCUUAUAUAAUGCUUUUUCUCGUCUCUUUUGUUGGACCCAAAACAUUUCGUUAAUCAAAGAGCACAGGAAUCAGCGCAAAGUUAAGGGAAUUUUUAUAUAAAUCCCAAGUGGUGAUUUGCAGAGCUUGCUUGUAAUCCUCUGUAGCGGCUGUUUCAAACAAAGUGAUUAUGGACAACCAUGUUAGAGGCAUAGCUCCUAACGACCUUGAGGGAAAGUUUUCUGCUAUGGUGGUGUGUUUUCUUCUUGGAAAUGGAUGCCUCUUUUCAUGGAAUAGUAUGCUUACAAUAGAAGAUUACUAUGGUUACCUUUUCCCGCGAUACCACCCCUCAAGGGUUCUUACUCUUGUGUAUCAGCCAUUUGCAUUUUUAACACUUGCAGUCCUUGCAUAUCAUGAGGCAAAACUGAAUACCAGAAAAAGGAACCUGUUUGGAUAUGUCCUAUUUUUCAUCAGCUCUCUUCUUGUUUUAGUUUUGGAUUUGGCUACAUCAGGAGGAGGAGGCCUUGGAACUUUUAUUGGAAUUUGUGUCAUUAGUGGUUUAUUUGGAGUUGCAGAUGCUCAUGUGCAGGGGGGAAUGAUUGGAGACCUCUCCUUCAUGCAACCUGAAUUUCUGCAGUCAUUCCUUACUGGUUUGGCAGCAUCAGGGACUCUAACCUCUGUUUUGAGGUUAAUUACAAAAGCAGCAUUUGAGAAUUCUAAGAAUGGUCUUCGCAAGGGAGCUAUUCUAUUUUUUGCGAUCUCUGCAUUUUUCGAGCUUCUUUGUGUUAUUCUCUAUGCUUAUGCCUUCCCAAAAUUACCCAUUGUGAAGUACUACCGCUCAAAGGCAGCCUCAGAAGGUUCAAAAACUGUUUCAGCUGAUCUUGCUGCUGGUGGAAUUCGAACACUACCACAAAGAGAAGCUGAGGAAGAUCCAAAAAAAUUAGAGCGGCUAAGCAACAAAGAGUUGUUACUAGAGAACAUUGACUACGCAUUUGACUUGUUUCUGAUAUAUGUGCUCACAUUGUCUAUUUUCCCUGGAUUCUUAUCUGAAGAUACUGGAUCGCAUAGUUUGGGUGCAUGGUAUGCCUUGGUUUUGAUAGCAAUGUAUAAUGUGUGGGAUUUUAUUGGGAGAAGCAUUCAUCUCAUCAAAUCAUUGAAGCUGGAGUCACGAAAAGCUCUCACGUUAGCCAUUCUUUCUCGUUUCUUACUCAUUCCAGCAUUCUAUUUCACUGCCAAGUAUGCAGACCAGGGCUGGAUGAUAAUGCUAACAUCCUUGUUAGGAUUAACCAAUGGCUAUCUCACUGUCUGUGUGCUUACUUCUGCGCCAAAAGGUUACAAGGGACCAGAGCAAAAUGCAUUGGGAAAUUUGCUUACCUUGUUUCUUCUAGGUGGGAUAUUUGCUGGGGUUACACUUGACUGGUUGUGGCUGAUAGGCAAAGGAUGGUGACUUUCUUAGGAGAAAAAUAUUCCAUUUACAAUAUUGUAAUUUGUGAUUGAGAUGGUGAAAGAUAACCAAAGCCAUCUAUUUAAAGUUGGUGGAAUAAUAAUAAUUGAUACAA